AUAUCUAGAGUUCAAAGUUCUAUGACCUUACAUCAAACAAAAAAUGGAGAUGGAAAACAGUCUGAAACAGUUGGAUGAAUAUUUAGAAAAAAUUGGGAGAAGUGGACUGGUUUCAGAAGAGCAAGAUGAUGUCAGUGCGGUUGAACAGCAGCCUGGAGUAACAGCUGAAAAUGAUUUGAUAGAGAAAUCCAGUGAUACAGCUAUAGAAGAGAAAUCCAGUAAGAUUGAAGACAAUGAACAGUCAUCUUCAUUGGUUAGAAAUAAUGAGAAAUCCAGUACUUUUACAAGGGACUUUACACCCAGCAUGCAUAAUAGUAUUGAUCCUUUUACUGAUUCAUAUAAUUCCAGUGUUAUUGUUAAUGAUCCAUAUUUGCAUUUUGAUAAAGAGACUGAAGAGACUUCUGAGUCAGAUUUCAUUGAAAAUGUUAAAACUGAAUCUAUACAGUUUGAGGAAUCUGAACAAGCUGUAAAUGAACUUGCAGAAAUUGGUCUUAGUGAAGAGAGCUUACAAGAAUUUGCCUUAUCAGGACCACAACCGGCAGUGACAGAGACAGGGAAUUCGGCUAUGGCGGAGAAUGCAGAUUUGGAGAAUGGAGUUACAUCUACACUUAAAGUCCAUCCAGUAUCUUUAAAGAAAUCCACAAGACCUUACGAAAAGCCAGUUACUACAAGGGAACCGAAAGGCCAAGUUACAACCUUACUUGAUCUUUCCAGUAUAGGGGAAUUGAAGAGGCUUUGGGUAAAGUCUGAGAAAGCCGUCAAAAAGGUAAAUACCCCAAUUCCUAAACAGGUUGACAGGAAAUGCAGCUUAUCCAUGACCUCGAAAAACUCUAAUUUAAAAAGUAAAGAAACUGCUGAAAUAAGAGUAAAACAGAAUAUGAAAAUCAGUGCUAAACCAACUGUGAAGGUAACAUCUGAAGAAUUGAAUGAAGUAUCUGACCUAGAAGUUGAUGGAUUCAGCAGUGGUAAGAAAAGGACAACCAGUGUUUGCACUAAGCCUUGUUCUGUGAAGCUAAUUAGAGUCGAAGAAUUGCCAAUGUUUGAAAAUAUUAACAUUGAUCUCAGUGUUCCAAAAAGUAGCACAGUUAUUAAAUUUGAAGAAUCAGAUCAGAUGAUGGUUCCAGAAAAAUCUAAGAGAAAAGAUUUAUAUAAAAAAUCAGAUAAAGUGAAUCAAAAUGUUAAAAGCUUUUUUGCUAAGUCUGUUAAGAAAAUCAGUGCAUUUUCUAAUGGUAAACAGUUAAGCCAAAAAGCUAAAGAUAAAAAGCAGAAGAUAAUUACUCCAAAGGCAAUCACAGCAACUGUGCGAAAGCAUGAAAAUAAACCAAAGAAAACUGAUCAGCAUGGAACCAAAUUAAACAGUACUGAUGGAAAGGUUAUUGGUACAUCAGAGACUGAAAUAAGUCCACAAGGAGAUGAAAUGCUUACCAAUUCAGAAGCUGAACUUGAUAUAAAUGGUGAUAUUGAAGACAGUGCAAAUAUAAAAGAUGAAAAGUAUGGUGAUGAUGAUAAUGAUGAUGUUUACUUUCCAUCGGAUGAUGAAAAAGAUGAUGACUAUCAUCCAAAGAAGAAAGCGAAAAAGAGUAAAGCUAAAAAAUCUAACUCUACUAAUCGUGCGAAAGUGAUCUUUUCAGUUAAACAAGACGACAAAGAUUUGACUGCUGAAGUGAAGGUCAAAGCUGCAAGUAAGAAAUUAAAGGGUACUAGGAUAGGAAGGCCACCUGUCUUUGGUCAUUUUGAAUGUAAAUUUUGCGACUUUACAGCAAAUGAGAAAAACCUAAUUGAUAAACAUCACUUUAAAUCUCACAGAACGGUUCUAAAUUGUAAGGAGUGCGAUAAAAAAUUUAGAACAGUUAACGGAUUAUUGGAACAUAAUGCUUAUAAACAUGAUGGUGGAAAGCCUUUUAAGUGCGACCAUGAAGGUUGCCCUUACGCAUCUAAAAACACUGUCGAUCUUGAGAGACACAAAGCAAAGCAUGAUCCUGAAUUGAAACAUGUCUGUGAUAUAUGUGGAUGGCGAACAAGGUGGCAACGAAAUAUUAAGCAUCAUUUUGCAUUAAAGCAUUGUGACGAACGAAAUUAUAAAUGUACAAUAUGUGAAUUUGCUGCUAAACGUCCCUAUGAUUUGAAAGAGCACAUGUAUCGACACACAGAUGAGAAACCAAUACAGUGCUUGACAUGUGGAUUCCGUGUGAAAACAAACUUUGAAUUAAGAAGUCAUAUGUUAGUUCACUCAAACUUGAAACCGUUUAAAUGUACCUUUCCAGGAUGCUCAAGUGCAACUAAAACAAAGUCGGACCUUUCAAAACACAUGCGAGUACAUCAGACUGAAAGACCAUUUAAGUGCCACAUUUGUUCUAAAGGUUAUAAAGACCAGAAUUCCUUAAACAAACAUCUCACUGGAAUACAUGUAGCUGAAAGGAAAUUUAAAUGUGACAUUUGUGGGAAAACAUUCAAGAACCGGUAUGCUUUAAAGAAACAUGUCUACUUACAUUCUGGGUAUAAACCUUACGAAUGCUCCGUUUGUAAUUGGAAAUUCUCCUCAAAAAAUAACAUGGAAAAACACAUGGUCACUCAUGACACGAAUGAAAGGCCAUUCCCUUGUCCCCUAUGUCCAUAUUCAGCCAAAGUACCUGACCAUCUUUUUGCACACAUUGGGUCAUACCAUGGUGACAAGUAUGCAUAUUUUUGUGAGCUGUGUAAUAAGCCAUUUAAAAGAUACAUGCAGUUGAAACUGCACCACGAAAGGAUGCACACCAAAAAAGAAGUGGAGAGUUUGAAAAAAUCACCAAUGGUUGAUCUUGCUUUACUUAAAAUGGAAAUGAAAUUAGAAUUAGAAGAAGUAGAAGCAGGAAAGAAAAGGAGAAGAAAAAGCAGAAGUAAAAGUCAGACACUUAGUGAUUCUGAUAUAAAAGAAGAACCAAUUGAUGAAGAUUAUGGAGAUACUGUUAGGGGCCCUGAUGUUGAGGAGGAUUUUGAUGAUGUGCGUCUUAAUGAAGAUACUGGUGAAAUAGAAGUUGUGAAAAGGAAGAAACUAAAUACAGCUAAGCAAGAUGAUAGUCGGAGUAGCCAUUUAAGUGAUGAUGUAAGCAUAAAUGUUAGAAAGAAUUCAGAUGUAGAAAAUUUUGAUAAAGAUGAAGUUGAAAUAGAAUUCGAAAAGUAUGAAAAAAGGACAGAAAACAGCACUACGGAAAAUCCAAAUGAUAUUCAGUUUGUUGAAAUUAAUGAAGUUGAAGAAAAUGUAAUGAGGGACACCGGUAUUGAAGAGGAGGAAAAGAAGAAAGACAACAUUCUGAUUGCUAAAGGUGAUUUGAGUACAGUUGCACUGUAUAAUAAUUUCAGAAUACCCCUUGCAACAAGAGGCUUUAAGUUUAACUAUGAAAAGACAGGAAAAAAACCUUUGAAAGCCUGGUUUAUGGACACAUCUCUCAUGGACAGACAAACUGCGGAAAAACAUCAGAAACAUAGAAGGAGACUUGGUUUGCUGCCUGCAAUACCACGGGGACAUCCACCGAAAGGUUACAAAAGGCUUAAACGUUUUGUUGAUCAAAGGAAAAGGCAGCUGGCAGAAAAUAUAAAGAAAGCAAAGUUUGUUAAAGAUUUAGGAUUGGUUUCAAAGAGAAAUUUGUCUAGAAGUAAACGCUUUCAAGGAAAAUAUACAGAGUUCGAGACUGUAGAUGGUGAAGUGCUGUCAGUAUCAGAAGUACAGCAGAGACUGCCAAAAGUGAAAAUACCUAAAACAGAAAUUGUGAUAAAGGAAAUACCAAAGAAAUCCCCAUCAUCUAAAACAAAGAAUGUCACAAAUAAAGGAAAAGGUAAAACCAACUCUUCUAGUUCAAGAAAGCAGAAAACUUCAGAUGAAACCAAAGAAAUUUGCAAAAGCAAAACAGCUGCAAAAUCAAAAAGUAAGAAGAAACCAGCUACAAAAACAACAAAGUCCAAAACUCCAAAACUGUUACUGUCUACUGAGAAAAAGAAACAAAAAAAGCAAAAAUUGACAAAUGUGAAAAUAAGAAAGCCUAUUUUUCUAGAGGAAACAAGGGAAGUUACUUCAACAAAUGCAAAUGAAAGAAACAGUUUUGAAGCAUUGGAAAGUAUCUUGACUGAAUUUAACCAUAGUGGUUCUGCAAUGACUGAAUCAGAAAAUAUGCAAAUUGAUAAAAUUGCAGUACAGCAGCAGACUCUAAAGAAAGGAAACAAAAAAGCGAAGUCUGGAACUGUACCAAAGUCCAAAUUAAAAAAUUUGAAAAAGCCAGUGGAAAAGAAUCAAGUGAAACCAAAGUACAAUAAAAAAUAUGUGCCAGUGAAAAAACCAGUAAAACGAAAGAAUAAUGAUGGUGAAAAAGAGGCUAAAAAGUUAAAAAUAGCUGAUGUUGUUUCUGAUCCUAGUUCAACAUCGAAGAAGAAGAAUCCAGAAACAAAGUUGUCAAAUAGCAAACAAAAGAGUGCAAAGAAGAAGCUGUUAAAGGUAAAAAUGAGUCAGGAUUUUGGUAAAUCGGUUACAAAUAAGUGGGUAAAGCAUCAUGUUCAAGAGGAACAAGAUACAGGAGUUUAUCCUGCCAGUGUUCAUGUUCCUGUCCAAAACACACAGUUAGUAAUGGUUUAUCCAGUAAAUGUCAUGCAAACAGCUGGUGUUGCUACAUCAAGUGAGACCGGAGACCAUCCAGGUGUAUUUGUCACAAUGAACGGCAACUAUUCUGCAGUAACUGGGAGUGCAUCACAUAUCGAAAGAGUUGAAUUUAAAAGGGAUCUUAAUGAUGCACUUACUGAUUCAUUUAAUGAAAUACCAGACAGUGAGAAUCAGGUUUAUAGAGGUGAAAACUCAGAUAAGGAAUUAAUGCAACAAGAAUAUACAGAGACAGUUUUGGUCAAACAAGAACCUGAACUAAGUUUCUACUCAAGUUUUGCUCAAGAUUCUACAGCAGUCUAGUCAGAAUUGAUUGCAACAUUCUACAGCUUCUGUUAGGUAUUCAGUAAUGAGUUUAAGUUCAUUGUGUAUAUGGAUAUGUAUAAACUCUCUGACUCUCUAUCUCUCCCUUUCUCUCACUCUUUUAAUAUCUAGUUGUCUGUCUAUCUAUCUAUCUAUCUAUUGAUCUGUCUCAGCUAAAAGUUGUCCAGUAGAUACGUUAACAGUUGCUACAGAUAAAUAUUAAAAGAAUCUCUCAGUGAUUGUGUGAAGGUAGAAAUAUCCGGCUUGGAGGUAACUGGACAUUCUCAUCCAUACAAACAACUACUCAUUCUUUUAUUCUCGUAUAAAGUAAAAACGAACGACUUUCUGUUGGGAAAGCACUGUCUUUAGUAGUAGCAAAUUUAUAUAAAAGUUACAGCAUGUCCGGAGUAAAAUGAGUUUAAAAACAUAAAAACUUUCUGAAGAAAUGGCUUUUUUUGUUUUCAAGUGAUUUAUAAUUGUAUACUGGUUUCCCAGUAGUUUCCGGACCGAAAUCGCCAUUUUUUGCCAGUAACUUUCAAACAAAACAUGGUAGAAACAUAAUUUUUUCACAGAAAAAAGCUAGGUUCUUCGUUUACACCAUGCAGAAUUCGUAUUACACUUGCGUUCAUAACACAAAUGUAGAUGAGGCCUCAAACGGGGUAAUUAAUUCCAUUAAAAUCUCAGUUAGUCAGAGUAGUUUUCCGGACCUUUCAUUGUAACAGUUGUAACCUCUCUGUAAAAGCAAACAUUUCCGAUUUCGUUAUAUAUAUUCAAAAUUAAAACAUAAUUCUAAGGCGUGAUGACGAUUUGAAAAGUAUACUUCAAAAAUUUAACAAGUACUAGAUUUAUAAUACGCUCAUUACAGUUACGUCUAAUUACGUUUGAAUGACGUUUGCAACGUCACGCUAAAAUGACGGAACGUAUUUAACGGACUGGUAAUAUUACCAAAAAAAAAAGAACUUUUAGUAAUUAACACCUUUUUAUUAUACAAAAAAGGAACAAGACCGGUCUCAAAAUUGGUAGUCUAACGCCCUGACCACUCGGGCAUGGACACUGCUGCUAAACAUUUGAUUGAUAGACGGUAUCGUAGGUAAAUCUCUGUCUAUUUUGGUUCCUAUUUUUCAUCGAUAAUUUAAUGCCAUUGUACAGUGAAUAGGUUGCUUUUUUCUGACAUUCAUUGUUUUAUUUUAUUACUAUCGGAAUGUUUUUACUGUAUCGUCUGUAAAUGGGAGCAUCAAUUGACUUAUGUUUAGCUUCAAGGGGCCUCAAUUUCUGCGCAUGCACACUGUAACUGGAAUUCCCCCGAAGUUGACAAAUCUCUUGUGUAAACAUUACAUCGAAGUAAGUUAAAACAACCGGGAUAUUCAAAUAAUAAAUAAGUUCGGUAAUGCUAGGUUUUCGCUGCUAUGUAGAGGCAACAGAGGUCUAGAUGAUACGAUAUUGUUACCCAGAUGCUGUACGACGGAGUAAAGUCUAUACAGCACGAAAUGUAAAAGGUCCGGAAAACUACUUGGGUCCGGAAACUACUGGGAAACCAGUACAUGUAAAUUGUUCACACACAUGUCGAUUUAUAAAUAGAAAAUUCUACACAUACCCAUAAUAUACAGUCAUAAUUUCAGACUUUAAGGAAGUGAACCUAUGAUGAUUGUCUGUAAUUUCUGUUUGAUCAUGUUCUCUCCAUACGUGUUUUUGGCAUUCUCCAGUUGUUAUGGAAACCAUUUCUCAUAUGAGCAAUAUUAAGGGCCGUAGAAUGCAGAAAUAACAACAUGAAAUUGCACAGAAAUUGUCAAUUGUCAUUAUGGGUGCAUUACCUUAAUAAUUUCAUAGAAUUUAUUUAUUUAAUUGUUAAUCAAAUAUAAUUUUGAUUUGUAAUAAAUAUGUUAGUAUUUGUACAUAUUUGGUAAAGUACAAAAAUGAAUAUUUUAUGUACUUUGUGGGAUAAAUGAAGAAUAACUUGUGCUGAAGAUGAUAUUUUUUAUGCACUGCAAGUGUCUCGGAUUCACUGAAAGUGUUUUUUGCGCUAUAAGGGCAGAACUCCUUUAAUUAUGUUAGCUGUAAGCUUCAAGCUAUAUAUCAUAGUGAUCUGACUUUGUUAAAAAUGCUUUGAAAUUCUUACUGCGCUUAAUUUAAAACAUGCAUAAUCACUCUUGUCUCUACUCUUUACAGACACAGUUAGCAUCAGUUAUUGUUUACUUACAUUUAGAAAUAAAUGCACCACAUCAUGAUAACUGUCACAGGUUGACAAAAUAUUGUUUAUUCACAAAUCAUAUCUGCUAAAGCUAAGUAUUGGUAAUGGUCGAGGAUGUGAGUGAAUUGUUGAUUUUAUUGUAAUAUCCUGUAAAUGAGGUUACAGAAAAUUGACAUCCUUAUAAUGCUGGACACGACUGCCUUUGCAACCAGUGUAGAUCAUGAUCAGCCUGCACAUCUGUGCAGUCUGAUCAAGAUCUGCACUGUUCGUCAUGCAGUCAGUAUAUUUUUGCUAAGCACCCCUUUUAACAGUUAAUGGGACUGUCCAAAUUGAAAGGUGGACAAGUUCAUUAUAUAAAUUUAGCAGGGUAAGUGUUAUUAAGAAUGUAGUAGAGAAUUCAGAUAUAAUUAUUGUAUAACAAUACCCAAUGAAUUGCAUUACUGUCCUAGACAGCAAAUAUGUAUUGAUGCAACAACUUGAUAUGUUUGUUAUUUACAACGUUACAAUAUCAUAUACUUAAAAAGUUAGAAUUUCUGCUGUUUCAUUUAACCCUUGUCAUGCUGGAUACGAUUGAUUCUACCUUUGCGACCAGUGUAGACCCUGAUCAGCCUGCACAUCUGUGCAGUCUGAUCAUAAUCUACACUGAUUGCCAUUCAGUCAGUAUCUUUUUGGUAUGCACCCCUUUCAACAGUAAAUGGUACUGUCCAAAUUGAAAGAUGGACAAGUUCAUUAUAGAAAUUUAGCAGGGUAAGGGUUAAGAGACUCACUGCUUUAGAAAUAUGCUGUACUUGACAUGUAACUGUAGGAGAUUUUAACAAAACUCCUGGUGUAAGAAAUGAAACACAGUUAAACAGUACUAAUUUUUAUUUGAGUAUAACAAACCUGGAGUAUUUUAUAAUUGGAUGAAGAUAAUAAAAUCAUAUUUUAUGUCUUAUUAAGGUAGUUCUGUAUGUUUGAUAAGUAAGUCAUGAUUUAGUCAUCUAUCCGGAUAACAUGUGAACUCGGAGUACCAAAAGCAAAAUCACUGUUAUGUAAAAAUGUCAUUCUGUGCACAUGACUACAAAUGAUUUCAAAAAUGUUGUGGUAGAUCUACUUGUGGAUCUCUUUAAUCAAGGGCAAAGUCUCAAAAUAAAUAGAUACACCGAAUUCAGUGUGGAAAAAAAUUGAACUGAACAUGCAGAGCUACCUUAGAACGGUAGGGUAUAUACGUCUCCAGAAGUACGACAAAAUCCAUUUCAUUGUGACGUAAUUACGGUAUGUUUUAUGUGAUAUUUUACAUAAUCCGUUCAUUGGUAGUUUUUUAUGCACAUUCUUUAGGACAAAUUGAUACCGUUUCUUUACACCAUUGUUAGAUAUUAAUUUAAUUUGUUAGUUAUAUCAACAUACAUCUUUGUUUAAUAUAGUAUUGAUGAGGGUUUUAGAUUACAUGCUAAUAAUAGUGUCUGAAAUACUGUUGAUAGCUUGUAUCCUACACCAUCAUUUUAUUGUUGUGCUUCAUGUUAACCAUUUACUGCUUUAUGUAAAAACUUACUGUUGUUUUAUGUUAAGAUUGCACAUGUAUUAUUGAUGUUAUAUUGAUUUCAUUAUACAGCACAAGUUACUUAAAUGUUCCAGAAUUUAAAUAUUGUACUUGUAUAGUGAAUGUGUGACUUAUUUUGUAGGUCAGUUUAUGCAGUUUGUCAGAUUCUUCAUUCGUAUUGUUAAGGGUAUAUUUAUACAGUGGGUUAAGAAAUGGUGAAGUUAUAUUUGAACUAGUAAAAGUGCAGGUCCCUGCUCGCCCAGAUGAAAAGGCUUUAACUUCAGACACUUCCUGGUAGUUUCUGUAUUUAAAGUCUCAUAAGGAUUUUUAUUUUAUGUUAAAAACAGACAAGGUGGCUGUCCAAUAGAGGAUAUGCAUACUGACAUGGUUAGAAAAGCACUACUUUUAACAAUGCUCAUGAAUGAACAUACACGAUUGGUGCCAUAAAGGGAGGCAAUCUGAAUCAAACCCUUAGCUUUAAUAAGACUCCCUACUAACUGAAUCAAAUGUUCAAAUCUAUGACAGAUAUAUGCAGAAACAAUUAUCAAAAGUAAGAUUUAGCAAAAAAAUAAAAAUAACUUUAUAUUCAUAAUGUAAAAACAAACUCGUUAUGAGCCUUUAAGUGGUCAACAUGUGCAAUUAAAGUGUCCGUAUUGCCUUGCUGAAUGAAAUUGUGUGUAGACAAUAUACAGAACAGUUAGCAGAUCUCUUUUUGUUUACACAACAAAGUUGCAUAUUGUUAUUAUUUUAUCUGCAAUUCCAGUAAAGCAUUUAGUAGUUAAAACUUUACAAAGUAGUGAUAUAUUUUAUGAUAUAAAGAUCAUGUUAAAGAGGAAAUCCAGAUUUUAUUUACAAAACCAUGUGUUAUUGAUGUUUUAUUUUAGUCAUUAGUCUAUUGUCAUGUUAAUUAAUCUAUAGCUGUUCAGCAAUAAAUUCUGAAGAAAAAUGUA